ACACACACACACACACACACACACACACACACACACACACAUACAUAUAUAUAUAUGAUAUAGAUGUAUCUGUGUGUAUAACUAGACUUUAUGCAUAUUAUAUAACGUGUGGCUAUAUAAAUAUAUGUACAACUCUAUGUAUAUAUGUUUAUGGCCAGGCAUCCAAUGUAGUGACAAGGAUUGACAAGAUCUAAUAUUGCAUAUGAGAAAUAUUGCACAUAGAAACUACCAUGGUGUAUAGUACGCUGCAGGUAAGGAAGGAAAGUAGCCUUGCAGGGAAGGAAAGAAUGGUCCAAGUCAGGCCAAACGACGGCACUGUGUGGGUUGAGGAGGACAUCGGAAUGCCCAGUGCAGAAGCAAAUCGUUCGUGCUUCACUGCGCAAGCUGGACCCACAGAGUCUGCUAAGCGUAAAGUUACAAGUGUGCUCCAAAGCUUCCUUUGCCUGUUAGACGUGGGAAUGCUGCAGACCAUCAGAGAGUGCAUGGUACAUCAAGCCCGCAUAACAGAGCCGGACUGGAAUUUGGCAGUUCAUGAACUUAUGGCAUCCAUUUCAAUCCUGUUUGUAAGAGCAAUCAUGUGUCCUGUUGGUGCCAUUGUGGAUUGCUGGUCAGAAAGUUUUCUGGUGCCACUAAUCAAAGAGACAAUGCCCCGAGAUAGAUUCAUUUCAAUUAUGCAACACCUUCGAUUUGAUGACAGGGACACGCGGGCAGAACAGGUGAAAACAGACAAAUUUGCAGCGAUUUGUCUGACAUCCGACAUCUGGACACGCUUCAACGAGAACUGUGCUAAGAGUUUCACUCCAGGGGAACACAUGACCAUAGAUGAACAGCUGUUCCCUACCAAGGUUCGUUGUCCAUUCACCCAGUAUAUUGCAACCAAGCCAGACAAAUUUGGGAUCAAGUUCUGGAUGGCCACGGAUUUGGACACCAAAUAUGUCUGCAGUGCAUCUCCUUACUUGGGAAAGGACCCCAGUCGUCAGAAGGGAGAGAGGCUGGCAGAGAACGUGGUCAUGGACCUGAUGGAGCCGUUUUUGGAUGAUGGAAGAAAUGUCACAACGGACAAUUUCUUUACUUCACUGUCACUGUCGCACAGACUGCUGCAGCGCAAAACAACAUUACUGGGCACGGUGAAUAAAGUCCGGCGUGAACUUCCUCAACUUGCAAAAGAUACUGCAAAGCGAGAGGUAUUCUCCACUUCAGUGCUUAGAAGUGGCAGUGUGUCCUUGACAAUUUAUGCACCUAAAAAAAACAAGACUGUGUGUGUUCUAAGUUCCAUGCACCAAGACGUGACGAUCGGUGACGGCAGAAAGAGGAAACCCAACACGAUCACAGACUACAACCACAUGAAGUGUGGUGUAGACGUGUUGGACCAAAUGGCACGGAUGUAUUCUGUAAGAUCAGCAACACGCAGGUGGCCAGUAGCGGUUUUCUACAAUAUGCUGGACCUGGCGGCAGUGAAUGCCUACAUUUUGUACAAGGCAUGUACAGGGUGGACAGGCAAAAGAAGAUUGUUUCUGCGUCUUCUAGCUCAGCAACUUCGUAGCCGAUUCAUGCAGCACAAGGAAAUCUUAGCACAGAGGCAGGCUGCUGCAGCUGCUGUGCCAGGGACUGUAAAGACAACGCAGUGCCAGGUGCAAGAGAGCUGCAACAGGAAUCGCAGCAGAUUUACCUGUGCAACAUGUAAGAAAUUCACCUGUGCCAAAUGCAGGGAUGAUGGACACUGGGUCUGCAAACGCUGUAAAGUUUGAAACACUUUGAAAUAAAACAGACUUGUGUACCCAUAUAUUGUGAAUGUGUGUCUUUUGUAUGUAGGUUGUAACACAGAGGUUUGCCCUGCCUUGGAUCUGAGUAAACAAAUGCCAAUGUUGCGCACACACACACACACACACACAUGUCUGGUUUGCUAUCCUCGCGGGGACAUCCCAUUGACAUAAUGCUUUCCCUAGCCCCUUACCCUAACCCUAACCAUUAAAAAUGAAUGCCUAACCCUAACCCUUACCCUAAACCUAACCAUAACCUAAUUGUAACCCUGACAGUAAAACCGCAUUUUGAGUGUGAAAAUUGCUUUCAACCCCGAGGGGACCUGGAUUUUGGUCCCCACGGUGCAGAAAGUCCCCACCAGAAUAGUAAAAGUCAGAUUUUGGUCCCCACCAGGAUAGUACGAACCCGUACACACACACACACACACACACACACACACACACACACACACACACACACACACACACACACACACACACACACACAGCAAAUCUGCAUUUAUUUGUCCCACAAGUGGAAAAUCUGCAUUGUCAUUGCAAAAAAGUGGA